CAGUGCCCCUCUGCUAGGCUUUAUAAUACUGUUCAUGGCGUCUGGUCGAAGGCAAAAGACAAGUCGCCUUCUGAUAAACAGAUAGGCCGGUGAAUUUUAAGGUCUUUUGUUAGCUGCCCCCGAGCGACGCGAUGGAGGUGGAGAGUGUCAGUGUGGCGGACGAAGGGCGUCUGACCCAGCUGAGGUUUGACGCCGCCGUCAAAGUGAUCAAGAGUUUACCCCCCGAUGGCCCCUUCCAGCCCUCCAACGACAUGAUGCUCAAGUUCUACAGUUACUAUAAACAAGCCACCGUGGGAUCGUGCAAUAUACCUCGACCAGGCUUUUGGGAUGCAGUCGGCAAAACUAAAUGGGAUGCGUGGAAUUCCCUUGGAGACAUGCCAAAAGAGGAAGCGAUGGCAGCCUAUGUGGAUGAGAUGAAACUGAUCCUGGAGGGCAUGCCCAUGACUGACGAGGUGGAGGAGUUCUUGCGGGUCUUGGGUCCGUUCUACGAGCUGGUCGACGAGAAGAAAAAGAUCACGCAGAUAUCGGACCUGAGCACAGGUUUUGGCACCGCGCUGAAUUCAGUGGCUUCAAAGAGCGUCGCAAAGAGCAUCGUCAGAAACAUGGAAAUGAACGGCACCCUGGAGACCCGACCUGCCAGGCUCAAACCAAAGGAAGAAGCACAACAGGAGAACGAGGAGGAUAUGGACGAUGAAGAAGAGGACGAGGAGGAUGAAGAAGAAGAAGAAGAAGAAGAAGAAGAAGAAGAGGAGGUAGUGAUAAAGGAGGACAAAAAAGUGGCGUCACAACCAAAGAAGAAGAGCUCGACGAGGAGACACAAAGUGCCCCUGUCGAAUGGCAAAGUGACCAACGGGGUCACCCAUCUGACAAAUGGGAGUCAUUCAAGGGCCGCUCUGAACAGUGACGACUCCCAGGAGGGUUUGGUCGGCGAGCCUCUGCUCAACGGACACCACACAGGUAGCAAAACCACAACAUCAGAUCCAAGGGUAGCUGUGUCUGGACCCCAUCACGUGGCCAGUGACUCCGACAGCGAAGUCUACUGUGAUUCUGUGGACCAGUUCGGUCAAGAAGAGUGCUCCGAGCAUAACCGCUCCCUGGAUGACCUGGACGAAGAGGAGAACCACGUCCUGCUGCCUCUAGAGGAGCAGCAGGAGGACAUCGAGGGCGUCAGGUGUGGAGGAGAAGAUGGAGAUGCAGGUGGAACAAUGUCACAGAGACAGAGGCUGAACGUGGACGUGCCAGGCAGCUCUUUGGUCAGAAGAGGACGAGGUUCCAGGUCUCAGGGCCGCAACUCCGGAUCUCUGAUGCCCGUGCACAGCAGUGGCGACGGCAACGGGGGCCACUGGGGAGGCACGGCGGCAACCGGCGGGAGCCUGAACGAGCAGAUUGUUGUGGCGUUGGCCAGGCUGCAGGAGGACAUGCAGAGCGUUCUGGAGAGGCUUCACACGCUGGAGGCUCUCACUGCCAGCCAGGCGAGAUCAGUGGCUCUGUCUCCUACUUACGUAUCACCCCCUCUUCACAAGAAGAGUCAGAAACCGUCCUGGUGGCCUUUUGACAUCUCACCAGCCAUUUUGGCCUUCGCUGUUGUAUGGCCGUUUGUCGUACAGUGGCUCAUCCGCCUAUACUUGCAGAGGAGGAGAAGACGAAUCAACUGAACCAGCACACACCUGAACACCACACGGGCACAGACGAUAACCGGUCCCCUAAACGAUUUUUAGCUGGGUUGCUAAUGGCUGUAACUCCUCCCUUCCCUUCCCGCUUAGACCCACAGCCCAGUAAUUUGCUUUUGCACUACGAAGAAGGCAUCUAGAGUGAUGAGUGAGAGGAAGAGAGUCUCUCAAGCGCGUUGCACUGUGGAUGUGGAAUCAAAAAGGAACAUGAAUGUAAGGGCUCCCGGCCUGCCAGCUUACAACCUUUUUCGAGAUGAUACCACUGUACUGGAAUCUUCUUCUUUUUUUUAUCAACUGGUUUGCGUUGAGAGGUAGAAAAUCUACAGUUGGAAUAUUGUCAGUGUGUUCAACUAGUAGCUUCUCAAUUAGCUCCAUCACUAAGGCUUUGUUGCACAAAAACGGGACUUUGUUGUGGUUUUUUUUUUUGAGCAUCAAGCUUGAUUAGAAAGUUUUUCACAAUUCACUUUGAUUAGCUGCCCAGGUAAUGCUGCUACAAUAAGAUGUUGUGAUAACUGUAGAUUAGAAGUGAGGAUUGAAUGUAUUAAUGUACUGAUUUGUGAGAUUCUGUUUAAUUCUAAGUUAAUAUUUAUUGCUUGUAGCGACGGUCACAGUAAAGGCAUCGCCGGCCGGAUUGCAGCUGCGUAAGUGAGGUUUGCGUUUAAAAAGUGACGGCUAAAUGUUGUGCGUAGGUUAGUGAAGGUUCAGGAUGUGUUCUCAUCACCCGUCCUGCUGCGUAUCGGUCUGUGCUUUAACGUCUCGAGCUUCUCACGUCAUUGUUUUCCAAAUAGAAAAAGUGCCUCAACAUCAUAAGGUACAUUCACAUUGCACAAGAGGUGGCAUUAUUGUUUCUUACAUUCACAUGUUGUAGCAUCACUGUUGCAGUUCUGGACCAAAUUUAGCAUCGAUCAUACUACCUAGUGAGCCAUGAGGUGGUGAGAAUCUUCCACUCAGAUAUCCCGAUUUAAUAAACGCAUUUUACGCCGCCAUGUUUUCUGUUGUAUAAUUUUAACGUGUGAUGUUUGUAUGAAUAUUGUGCAAGAUAUUUUGUUUGAUAGUAAUCAUGGAUUGUUUGCAAAGCAGUGAGCUCUAUACAAAUUGUAAACAACAUAUGUACAAUACAGAUCAAAAUGCAAUAUUUUAAUUGCAUCCCAGUGUAUUAUUAAUGUAGAAUAUAUCAUAUUUACAGAGGUUGGCUUCUGCAAUAGCACUAAUCUUUCCAGAGCCAUUAUGUUUUAAUAAAGAAGCGAUAGUUUAUCUUUUUACUGAAAUGUACUAAUGCUUUCACACCCUCUCUGCCUGUGGAUAGAGUGGUGUUUGCAUGUGAUAAUCUCAGCCUAAAAUAAAGUUUUCACAAAGCGUGCAA